AUGGGACUGAUCCACCUAGAUGAUGGCGUCAGGACGUUCGUUCUGCUGCCCAUCUUCUUCGCGACCCUGCUUUCGGGGCUCAUUCGGGCCUUCCUGGGCCCUGUGAUGGACGGUGGGAGCAAGGGGUCGACUGCGGACGUGAAGAAGAUCAGGGAGGCGCAGCUGCUGCUGCGAAGCAGCACGCUGCGACGGACAGCGGGCUUCUUCCCGCGGUCGUCGUUUCUGUCCCGCAAGUUCUACUUCGCCGCCAAGGACGAGGGCGUCUUCUACGGUCCCGCGGAGGCGGCCCCGAACGCAAUGAUGGACAUGGCGAUGGACCCGAACAAGACGAUGGGCAUGAUGCAGCGCUCGCUGGGCGGCUUCCUGCCGAGCAUCCUCAUGUUCGGCUGGGUGCGCGCGCUCUUCUCCGGGUUCAUCAUGGCCAAGGUUCCUUUCUCCCUCACGCAGAAGUUCCGCGCCAUGCUCCAACAGGGCAUCGACGUCCCCGCGCUCGACGUGACGUACGUGUCGUCGUUCAGCUUCUACAUCCUGUGCUACUCCGGGAUGCGCGGCCUGAGUCAGCUGCUGCUGCAGUGGGCCGUGGGGGCCGGGCCGGCGUCGCGCGUCGCCGAGGAUCCCAUGCUGUCGGGGGCGAUGACGGCGAACAAGGCGUGGAACCAGGGGGUGGAGAAGGUGGACGGCGCGAAGGCCUUCCAGGCGGAGCGCGCCGCGCUGGCGCUGGUGCAGGCGGAGGACAUGCUGGGCGGGGCCGAGCGGCGGGCCGCGGACGCGUUGCGGGCCGCGCUCAAGACGUCGCGAGGGAAGCGCGUGUGA